AUGCCCACUGCCUCCCGGAAGGAGCUCUCCGAGUGGGCCGCCUCCCUCUCCGGCCACUCCGUCAGCCGCGAGCUCAAGGAGCUCUCGACCGGCGUCGUGCUCUGCCACCUCGUCGAGGCGGCGCGGCCGGGCAGCGUCGAGAUCCGAAAGCUCGCGACGAUGCGGUCGGGAUCGGACACAAUCGCGAACCUGAAGCUCCUGAGCGUGGCUCUCGAGAGGGUGGACCCUUCGGGUGAGCUCGCAGCCGCGUGCGACGUGCCUCUCCUCGCAAAGGGCCAGCCGCAGGCGACGCUCGCGCUGCUGCAAAAGCUGCACAGCUACUUCAACGCGGAGAACAACGCGGAGCUGGCGGCCGACGGCAACUCUCGCAGCCGCUCGGCCGCCGCGGAGAAGAAGCGCACCCGCGUCAAGCCGGAGAUGCAGCAGCUGAGGGACGAGCGGGACUUCUACCUGCGCAAGCUCUCCUUGAUAGAGCGGGCGGUGUCCCGCGCGGGGAACGGAGAGGGAGAGGCCGAGGGCGCCGGAGUGGGCGCGCUCGCUGCGGAGGUGCAGCGGAUCCUGCGCUGCCCCGAGGAGGAGCUGGGCUCCGUCUCAUGA